UUUUUGGAAACAUUUUAUUUUUUUAAGACUUUUGUGGGAAAUUAUUGGAUGUCAGUGAUGAUCAAAGGUGAAAGUUCCUAAAAAAUAUGAUUUUUUUUUUAAGCUUUACUGCAUGUUUUGGGCAAAAAUUGCACUUUUACUCAAUUUUGGGAUUUUUUUUUUUUAGACUUUUUAGGGGAAGCUUUUAUUUUUUUGCCGGAAGUCGUGUGUGGCUCUUCCGCUGUAAUUGACGCUGUUCUCGACGCUGACGACUGUGAGAAACCAGACGACAACAAUACGCGCACGACUCAACCGAAGCAGCGCGAAAGUCUUGGGGUUUUUUUUCGUACCGAAGGAUUGACUGAGGCUCUACCAUGCCUGUAGCCUCCACCAGGACAGAACCUGCGCCCCAGGCGUUGGACAUGAUGAGUGACAGUACGACCAGCUCCACCACAGCCAACGACCUGGACCUGCUCUACCUCAAAGGCAUCAUGGAGAAUCCUCUGGAGCUGGAGGAGAGUCUGAAGGAGGUCCGACCGUCGCCCGUCAGGGACAACAACGUGGAGCUCCUGCAGGAGAUCCUCAGAGACCUGGACCCGUUCACGCAGCAGUCCGACACCGCGGCCGAGCUCACCCACAUACUCACCCAGCCUCAUUUCCAGUCGUUACUGGAGACGCACGACUCGGUGGCGUCGCAGACGUGUGACAGCCCCCCCCCCAGCCCCUGUGAUCUGGUGGACCAUGAACCAGAGGAAGGCCCCACACACAGCGUGCAGCCCCCGCCUGAGGCUAUACGCAUGGUGGGCAUACGGAAGGUGGCGGGGGAGCAUCUGGGGGUGACAUUUAAGGUGGAGGGGGGUGAGCUGGUGAUCGCCCGUAUCCUCCACGGUGGCAUGGUGGACCAGCAGGGACUGCUGCAUGUUGGUGACAUCAUCAAAGAGGUGAACGGACGGGAGGUGGGUCGUGACCCCAGGGUUAUCCAGGAGGAGCUGCAGGCAGCCAGUGGAAGUAUUCUUCUGAAGAUCCUGCCCAGUUACCAUGAGACCUUCUCCCCACGACAGGUGUUCUUCAAGUGUCACUACGAUUACGACCCGGCCAACGACAACCUUAUCCCAUGUAAGGAGGCGGGAUUGAGGUUCGAGACGGGCGACAUCCUCCAGAUCGUCAACCAGGACGAUGUCAACUGGUGGCAGGCUCGUCACGUUGAGGGUGGAAACACGGGGCUGAUCCCCAGUCAGAUGCUGGAGGAGAAGAGAAAGGCGUUUGUCAAGCUGGACGUGGAGCUUCCUCCAGCAGGAAAUCUUUGCACUGGUGUUGGAGGAAAGAAAAAGAAGAAGAUGAUGUACGUGACCACCAAGAACGCAGAGUUUGACAGACAUGAAAUACUGCUGUAUGAGGAGGUGGCCAAAGUGCCGCCUUUCAAGAGGAAAACUCUGAUUCUGAUUGGUGCCCAGGGUGUGGGGAGGCGGAGACUGAAGAACAAGCUUCUGCUCUUGGAUCCACAUCUGUUCGGCACCACCAUCCCAUAUACCUCCAGGAAGCCCAAAAAGGGGGAACACGAGAGUCGGAUGUACGCCUUCACCAGCCGCAGCAAGAUGGAAGCCGAUAUAAAAAAUGGACGCUACCUGGAACACGGCGAAUACAACGGCAACCUGUACGGGAUCAAGACUGACUCCAUACACGAGGUGGUGGAGGCCGGCCGCGUCUGCAUACUGGACGCCAACCCUCAGUCUCUCAAAGUGCUGAGGACGUCAGAGUUCCUGCCCUACGUGGUCUUCCUCCAGUCUCCGGAGUUCGAGGUUCUGAAGGCCAUGAACCACUCUGCAGUAGAGGCCGAGGUCGUGACCCAGACGCUCACGGAUGAAGAACUACAGAGGACAUGUAAAGACAGCGCCAAGAUCCAAGCAGCGUUCGGUCACUACUUCGACCUGAGCAUCGUCAACGACAACCUGGACGAGACCUACCGUACCGUCAAGGUCGCUCUGGAGACCGUGUCCAAAAACCCCCAGUGGGUCCCUGUCACCUGGGUGUUCUAGGACUGGAGCUGCGGAGGCCAGAGGUCAGAGGUCAGGGGUCAGGGGAGUGUGAAGACAGAGAGAGCUGAAAACAUAGCACUGUGUGAAAAAUGGAUGGAAACAUCCAGAAAUACACAGGUGUGUUGGUCAGAACUGGAGGAAUGAACCGGUCAAUGAGUGUGUGUGUGUGUGUGUGUGUGUUUUUUCUACAUUUUUGUGCCAAACCUGAUGCUCAUCAUCAGCGUAAAAAUCAUUGUUUACACUCCAGAAAAAUGAAGCUAUAACUUUGGAUUCAAAUGUGUUUCAUACUUUUCACAUUUAAAACGACGACAUCGUUUCACCGACGUGGUUCACAGAUGUGAAAUUCACGGUAAAUUUAAACUUUAUUUCUCUUCUAUUUAAAGUGCAUGAAAAUUUCCCCACAUUUUUUUCACACGUGUUUCGUCGUCUCGGUUUCGCGCCGUUCGUAGUUAGCAGUUGCGUCGAUUCACGCCGUCUGAGAUCGUUGCCUCGUCCUGUCACUGCUGUGGUGACGAGGACGACGUCGGUCGGAACGCGGCACGGUGGCCUUUGAGUGAACAGCACGACACCUAGAACUUUUGUGUCUUUUUUGUCUGUGGUUUUUUUUUUUUUCCGUUUUCGUCCAGAACGUGUGACGUUGUCCGUGGUGCCAAACAUGAAACUCUUUUAAAGAUCUUUUAUUACGGCAGCUGCUGAAGACGAUUUAAUGUGAAAUAAUCUGUUUGUACAGACGAGAUGUUGAAGCACUGACACAUUAGUGACGCUCAGAGCAGGGAUUCGUUUAAAACAUUGGAAAAAA